AUGAAGACCAUUCUUGUGUUACUAAUGCCCAUUUUGUUUGGGAACAUGGCAGUGGAGGCACUGCGGUGUUAUGCCUGUAAUGGCAUAAACAACAAUGCUCAGUGUAACCAGAACAUAGAAAACUGCUUUCUCUCAAAUGACACCUGCAUGACCUCCGUCGCCCAAAUCUUGGGGAUCCAGUACAUUACUAAGACCUGCACCACCCGCUUGGCAUGUACAGCAAUCACCUCCACCAACCUAGGAGCCUUAGUGGGGGGGCAGGUCAGCUGCUGUCAGACUGACCUCUGUAACAGCAACGGUUCAUCAGUCUCUGGACUCAACUUCCUGUUGCUCAGCUUGUCUUUUCUCAUAUCUGGCCUGGUUCUGUCUCUGUGA